AUGACUGGCUCAUCCGUCGGGUCAACCAAUCAAAUAUCGCCGGACCUUACCCAUCAUUUGGCCUAUGAGACUGUUGACACUUGCAACAGACUGAGUCUGCCACAAGGCCGCAAUCAGAAGCAGGAAAAACUGCAAGCUAUAUUGGACUUGUCUAGUGCGCGGCCGUUUGGCACUUGCUUCUACCUCAACACUCUGCCCCAUGGACUCGCUUGA